UAUAAUGAUUUGAUAUAAUAUAUUAAUAACAGCCUAACAUUAUGAUAGUGGUGAAUAAAUUACGCGCAUGUGCAGAAUGCAUAAAGUGCAUUCCUGUGUUUAGACGCUUCUGACUUAACUAGUUAUUAACUUAACCAUCUUUUAAGACCGUGAUUAUUACUUUCAUAUUAUCUAUUAUUUUCAAUCAAUUUAUUAUUAUUAUUAUUGUUAUCUUGCAAUCAUUAAAUAUCAAGGUUUUGAAUUUUUUUGUAACUCACCUUAACAAUUAACUUCCGUUAUUUCAAUUUUUACCAAUUGAAUGUGUAAUUUAAAAGCAAAAUGAAUAUUCCCGUCGAAUUGCCUGUAGUUUAUACGACCCAAAUUUUGAUUCCUGGAUUUAUUUUAAAAAUCCGUUUGGAAACUCUAAAAAAUUCAGAUUUAUUGAAUUAUCUAUACCAGGAUCUAAAAAAUACAGAGUCAACACAUAUGAUAGGAAUUAUUCCAUUAAUAGAUAUCGGAAAAGUAGAUAAUGUAAUUGGUACUGUAGGUUUGAUUCAAAGUGUUAUCCAAAUUGGUUCAGUUUCUGAAGAAUUUUUUUUACUUGUACAAGGAAUAUGUCGUUUUCUAUUAAAUGAGACUAUUUCUGUUGAACCAUUAAAAAUUGUUAAAAUAACACCUAUUGACAAUUUUAAAAUUCUAAGUGGUGAUGAAAACGAAAAAACAGAACUCAAAGUUGAAUUUGAAAAAACAUUAUCUAAUUUAAUAACAUACUCUGAGCCAGGCAUAAUAAACCCAUUAAUAAAUAAAAAUUUUCAGAAAUUUUUAAAACAAUUUCCCUUACAUUUAAUUAUAGAAUAUUUUUUAAAGAAUAUUAUUCAAAUAACCCCAUCUGAUGCCUAUGAGAUUCUUAGAGCUACAAGUUUAAAUGCCUUGGUGAAAUUUGUUAUAAAUUGGAUGAAACAAAAAACUAUUAAGGAAAACAAUUCUUCAACAUUUGAUAAAACUGGUCUACUUUCUUUACCAUCAGCAGUUAUAAUUGGUUCUAAUACGGAUAAGAAGAAAAUACUUAAAAAACACCUAUCACCUGAAUUAGAAGAAAUAUACACGGCAAUCAAAAACUCUAAUAUGCCAGCACCAGUGUAUGAUGUAAUUAUAAAAGAUUUUAAUAGACUCUUAAAAAUGAAUAGUUUCCAAAGUGAUUAUUCUGUCUAUUUAAACUAUGUUAACUAUGUUGUUAAUUUGCCGUGGAAUAAGAGUACAAAAGAAACUUUAGAUCUAGAAAAAGCCAGAAAUGUAUUACAAUUGGAACAUUAUGGUAUGGAUGAGGUCAAAAAGAGAAUAAUACAAUUUAUUGCUGUUAAAAUAUUAAACCCAGAACGGCGAGGACCUAUACUUUGUUUGAUUGGACCACCUGGUGUAGGAAAAACAACUAUUGCUAAAGCCAUUGGUGAUUCAUUAAACCGCACUUUUAAAAGGAUAUCGUUAGGAGGUAUAAAUAACUUCUCAGAUAUUAAAGGACAUAGGAAAACAUAUAUAGGAGCUAUGCCUGGUCGUAUUAUUCAAGCUAUCAGCCAAGCACAAACAAAUAAUCCUAUUAUUUUAUUGGACGAAAUUGAUAAGAUGUAUAAAGGCCCAAAUGGUGAUCCUGCUGCUGCAUUAUUAGAAGUACUAGAUCCUGAACAAAAUAACUCAUUUGUUGAUUCAUAUGUCAAUGUACCGUUUGAUAUCAGUCAAGUUAUGUUUAUCUCAACAGCCAAUCAUGUUGCUGGUAUACCACAAACAUUGCGUGAUCGUUUGGAGAUAAUUUAUUUAGAAGGAUAUACUGUUGAAGAAAAAAUGAAAAUUGCAGAAAAUUAUUUGAUUCCAAAAUUACUUAAAGACCUUAAGAUGAAUGAAUUACAUAUAACUAUUUGUAAAAACACUAUAAAUAAUAUUAUAAGAAAAUAUACUUGUGAAGCUGGUGUACGUGAACUGCAGCGUAAACUUGAAGCAAUUUGUCAUUAUAUCGCUGUAGAAAUAGUUGAAAAUUCUGAUAAAGAAUCAAAGAAUUAUGUUAUCACGCCAGAAUCCUUAAUAAAUAUUCUUGGUAACGAAAUAUACAAUAUAAACAAUGUCCUGGUUGAAAAAAGUUCUGAACGAGUAGGUAUUGCAAUUGGAUUAUCAUGGUCUCCAACGGGUGGUCUUAUUCAAGUAAUUGAAGCAUCUAAAAUCCAUUUUCAUAAAAAUAAUUCUCAAUUAGUAUUAACUGGUCUAGUUGGUCAAACACUGAGAGAAUCUGUUGCAAUAGCACUUAACUGGAUACAAUCAUUUGCUAAAAAAAAUGAAUUAGACAUAAAUAAUUGUUGCAUUCAUGUUCACCUACCAUAUGGAGGACUUAAAAAAGAUGGACCAUCUGCAGGCAUUACUAUUGUUUGUGCUAUAGUUUCUCUUCUCUGGGAAAUACCUCUGAAACCAAUGAUUGCUAUGACUGGAGAAAUAUCACUAAAAGGAGACAUAUUACCUGUUGGUGGUGUUAAAGAUAAAAUAUUAGCAGCAUACAAUGCCAAUUUAAGAACCAUCAUUAUACCUGAAUUUAACAUGAAAGAUGUCAAUAGCUUACCUGAAAAUAUUAGAGAGGAUUUAAAUAUUAUUCCUGUCAAUCACUUGAAGGAAGUAUUAGAUGUGGUUAUUCCAGGUGGUUUAGCCUUCCUACAAAAUCCAACAGUAAAUUUAGUGCCUAGAUCUAAAAUCUAGUUAACAGAUGCAUUCAGAAUGAGAAGUAUUAAUUUACUUUUGAUCACUUAUGUAAUUUUUAGUUUUUGUUAAAUAUUUUUAUGCAAAUUAUGUGGUUAAUUAAUAUUAUAUUCAUUAUUAAUAAUAUUAAUAUAAAGGAAUAGAAUGUGACGUCCAAUACAAUUGUGUAUCUGUAUUAUAAGUAUAAUUUGCUUAAUUGUUUAGUAAGUUAUUAAAUUUACCAAUUAUUUUAAGA